GUAACUGUAAACAAGAACUGAAAAUAUUUAGAAAAAAACAAUCGGCAAAAUAGAGACAUACCAAUUACCAUGGAUAUCAGUGUAAUCAAAGAAGAAGCUCACCUAAAUGAUGAUGAUCAAAAGGUUCCACUUCUCCGAGAUGUACCGUAUACACCGGACAGAAAUCCCAUCCAGCAAGCCAUCAGCCAGACAUUUCAGAGCACAGCUCACUUAGCCAAACUACUACCAACUGGAACAGUAAUGGCCUUCCAGCUGCUCGCCCCAAUUUUCACGAACCAGGGUGAUUGUGAUCCUGUCAGCAGAACAAUUACUUCCAUUUUAAUCAAUAUUUGUGGGCUGUCUUCUUUUCUGCUCAGCUUCACUGACUGCUUCAAGGAUGAUGAUGGAAACAUCUACUAUGGGUUUGCCACAAUCAAUGGUCUGUGGGUGAUCGACGGGUCAGCAAAACUUCCACCUCAGCUUGCUGCCAAGUACCGACUCCGGUUCAUAGAUUUUCUGCAUGCUUUUAUGUCUGUAUUUGUUUUUGCAGCAAUUGCUUUGUUUGACAAGAACACAGUUCAAUGCUUCUAUCCAGCACCAUCAAGAGAGACCCAGGAGAUUCUUACAGCGCUACCAAUUGGAAUAGGAGUCAUCUGCAGUAUGCUAUUUGUAGCUUUUCCCACACAGCGCCAUGGAAUUGGUUUUCCCCUAACCACUAACUGA